UAAUCAAUUAAUAUCUCACUCCACCCAUGUACUUUCUUAAUUGGGUGCGGCUUGUUCGGUUCAGGUGAACAAGACUCGAAAUAAUGGACCACAGCGCGGAGGCACUACGCACGGACUUGAUGACCAUAACACGGUUCGUGUUGAACGAGCAAUCCAAGCACCCUGAGUCACGCGGCGAUUUCACCAUCUUGCUCAAUCACAUUGUUCUCGGUUGCAAAUUCGUUUGUUCUUCUGUUAACAAGGUUCGUUCGCUUCGUCAUCUUUCACUCUCUCUCUCUCUCUCUCUCUCUCUCCACAGGUAUUACUGCAAAAUCGAUAUCAAAGUAAUGAAACCUUUGUGCUUAAAGGCCGGUCUUGCUAAGCUUAUUGGACUCGCUGGAGAGACCAAUGUUCAGGGCGAGGAACAGAAGAAACUUGAUGUCCUUUCCAAUGAGGUCUUCAUGAAGGCUCUGAUAAGCAGUGGCCGAACCUGCAUUUUGGUUUCUGAAGAAGACGAGGAUGCAAUAUUUGUGGAGCCUUCAUUGCGUGGAAAGUACUGUGUUGUUUUUGACCCGUUGGAUGGCUCGUCUAACAUUGAUUGUGGGGUGUCCAUUGGCACAAUUUUUGGUAUUUAUGCGUUGAAAGAUGCCCAUGAACCAACCAUAGAAGAUGUCCUGCAACCUGGGAAGAACAUGGUGGCAGCUGGUUAUUGUAUGUAUGGAAGCUCUUGCACGCUUGUGUUAAGCACUGGAGCUGGUGUUAAUGGUUUCACCCUUGACCCAUCUCUUGGUGAGUUCAUCCUAACUCACCCUGACAUUAAGAUCCCCGAGAAAGGCAACAUUUAUUCAGUGAAUGAAGGAAAUGCCAAAAACUGGGACGGCCCUACUGCUACUUACGUGGACAGAUGCAAGUUUCCAAAAGAUGGUUCAUCACCAAAGUCUCUAAGAUACAUUGGAAGCAUGGUAGCUGAUGUCCAUCGUACAUUGCUUUAUGGAGGAAUCUUUUUGUACCCUGCAGAUAAAAAAAGUCCAAAUGGAAAGCUUCGUGUCCUGUAUGAAGUCUUCCCAAUGUCAUUCUUGAUGGAACAAGCAGGAGGACAGGCUUUCACUGGCAAGCAACGGGCACUUGAUUUAGUUCCAGAGAAGUUGCAUGAGCGAUCUCCCAUAUUCCUUGGUAGCUAUGAUGAUGUUGAAGAAAUCAAAGCUCUUUAUGAGGCUGAGGGUGAAGAAGAAUGAACCUGGACAGAAUCCUUUAUCUUUUGCUACUCACAGGCACUUGUUGUCCAAUGUUUCUUGCUGGUGCUCGUAGCAAAACUUGUUAUCUGGUCAUGUAUAUGUUAAUAAAACUGGUUAAUAUGCCUCUCAUGGUUAUAGAAUUUAUUUAUGGAUAAACAAUAUUUAGAUUAAACAAUUUAACAUGUCCUGAAGAUUGAAGAAGGAUAACUGCUUG